GAAGCUCCGGAAGCUCAUAUUCUGCAUCUGUAAAUAUUUCAAAGCAGUAAGGAUGCUACUGAUGAGCUCCGAGGAUACCACAUUUGUGUCCACAGAUCACCAUCAAAUUUAUCCAGCAUAGUAAUGUUAAAAUUAUAGGCGACCAAACAGAAUAAGAGCAAUGGGGUGACUGAUGGAUAAGAUAAACGGAGUGUGCUCCAGAGGAUACAGAAGUAACAAAAUAAGGGAAAUUUUGUGGAGAAUACUGACAAGAGUCAUAGUAAGAACACUUGUACGGAGCUGACUGAAUUUAAGAUGACCUGUUCAUGUAUUGCUCAGAGUGUUGGAAGUUGAUAUACUGAAGGGCUGAAAAACUCAACUGGGCUCUGAAGCUGAACAGUGGAACUAGUUUACAACAAUAUCUACAGUGAAUUUCAUCCUAGUGGAAGAAGUUUGUGAAGGGACUUCCUUAAAGGGAGCCACUCACCAAAAGCCAGUAUGGCUGAUAAUGUAAAUUCAUUGCCAUUCUUUUAUGGCAAUAUUACUAGGGAAGAGGCAGAGGACUACCUGCGGCAGACAGGUCUAAGCAAUGGCCUGUACCUCCUACGGCAAAGCCGAAACUAUCUUGGAGGCUUUGCACUGUCUGUGUCAAAUGCAGGCCGUUAUUACCACUACACAAUUGAAAGACAACCCAAUGACACGUAUGCUAUUGCUGGUGGUAAGAGCUACAGAAAUCCCGUUGAUGUGAUCGACUACCAUUCCCAAGAAACAGACGGUCUUGUGUGUCUACUGAAGAGGCCUUGUAACAGGCCCAAGAACAUGCAGCCGAAAGUUGGGCCGUUUGAGGACCUGAAGGAAAAACUCAUACGGGAGUAUGUAAAGCAGACCUGGAACCUGCAGGGGGCAGCUUUGGAGCAGGCCAUCAUCAGCCAGCGACCUCAGCUGGAGAAGCUCAUCGCUACCACUGCUCAUGAAAGAAUGCCCUGGUUUCAUGGAACAAUAACACGAGAAGACUCUGAGCCCAGGCUUCAAAGUGGCCCGCGUGCAAAUGGAAAGUUUCUGAUUCGGCAGAGAGAUGCGAAUGGAUCCUAUGCUCUGUGUUUACUGCAUGAAGGACAAGUCAUGCAUUAUCGUAUUGACAAGGACUCGGCUGGCAAGCUCUCCAUUCCAGAGGGCAAGAAAUUUGACACCUUGUGGCAGCUGGUGGAGCACUACUCAUACAAACCAGAUGGUCUUUUGCGAGUGCUAACAGAGCCCUGUCCAAGGCCUGAUGGAGAUAUUGGGCUGAUAGGACGGCCUCUUCUUCCACCGGGCCAUCCUAGAUUUGUUGCUACCAUUGGAAGUGCGGCAGAAAAAAUAAUCGGCAAGAUCAACAUACCUGGCAUAACAAAGCAGGGCCGAUCAUCUCGUACCAGAUCUACAGGUUGCUCCAAUCCUUAUGAAACUAGGAUACCCGGUAAAGAGGCCAUGCCAAUGGACACAGAGGUAUAUGAGAGUCCUUAUGCAGAUCCAGAUGAACUGCGGAGUUCUACAGUGGAUCGCUCACAUCUUUUCUUGGAGGAUGGAGAACUGGGCUCUGGGAAUUUUGGUACCGUCAUGAAAGGCACCUACAAGAUGAGAAAGACAGAGAAGACAGUUGCAGUCAAAAUCUUGAAGAAUGAUGAUAACAACCAGUCAGUACGUGACGAAAUGCUGCGGGAAGCCAAUGUAAUGCAGCAGCUGGACAAUCCGUAUAUUGUCCGGAUGAUUGGUAUCUGUGAAGCAGAGAACCUCAUGCUAGUUAUGGAGCUGGCUGAGCUGGGACCCCUCCACAAGUUCCUGCAGAAAAAUAAGCAAACGACCAUAAAGAAUAUCACAGAGCUGGUCCAUCAGGUGUCUAUGGGGAUGAAGUACCUGGAAGAGCAUAACUUUGUCCACAGGGACCUUGCUGCAAGGAAUGUACUGCUGGUCACACAGCACUAUGCCAAGAUCAGUGACUUUGGCCUCUCUAAAGCUGUUGCUGAGGAUCAAAACUACUACAAGGCUAAAGGUCAUGGGAAGUGGCCAGUGAAAUGGUACGCGCCUGAAUGUAUAAACUACUUCAAAUUCUCAUCCAAAAGUGAUGUGUGGAGCUUCGGGGUGCUCAUGUGGGAGGCUUACUCCUAUGGCCAGAAGCCAUACAAGGGAAUGAAAGGAAAUGAUGUCCUGCAGAUGAUUGAAAGUGGUAAGCGUAUGGACUCCCCAGAGAAGUGUCCACUGGAGAUGUAUGAGCUCAUGAAGACCUGCUGGACAUAUAAGGCAAAUGAGAGGCCUGGAUUUAAUAUUGUUGAGCCAAGACUACGAGAGUAUUACUACGACAUUGCACAGUGAUUGCUCACUUGAAUGUUAUGAGACUAUGCAAACUAGUGGCUGAUGAUGAAAAUUAGCUUUUACACGUAUUGGUUAAGAGAUUGUUAUGGAUAAUAAAUGCUGUAAAAUAUAGACUUUAACUGGAAUAUAUUCUCUUUUAAUAUAAACUCUGAUUAUGCAAAUAUAAUUCCUAUUACAUUUAUUUGUUCUUGAAUGUAAGCCAUAUGAAAAUGAUAAUAAACUGUUACAAGUCUAUCUUAUUUCAUGAGCAACCACUGAUGUUAUACCUAAAAACUACAUAACUUACUGUUUUCCUAUAAGCUUCCUAAUAUCAGGGCAUUAUCUGUUUUAAUGUAGUUUGAUCACAUUGUCAUUGUAAUGAAACAUAUAAACAUACAAUCCGAUCUUGUUUAAGCAUCUUCAGCACUCUGAGUUUCUGUACUUGCAUAAACAAUUCUAAGAUGAAUAAAUUAUAUUCAUGUGCCUUCAAA